GGAGGAGGAGGAAGGAGAGUCUGGCCAGGAGUCGCCGCGGCCCCGGCGGUGGUGGGCUCCGGCUGGGCCUGCCUCAUCCUGCCCGUCUGCGAUGCAUCCGCGGCGCCCGGACGGGUUCGAUGGCUUGGGCUAUCGAGGGAGUGCGCGGGAUGAGCGGGGUUUUGGCGUCGCUUUCCCUGCAAGGUCCUUCAGCGCCGGGUCGGACCUGGGCCACUGGGUGACCACUCCCCCAGACAUUCCGGGUAGCCGCAACCUGCACUGGGGCGAGAAGACCCCGCCCUACGGCGUGCCCGCCCCCUCCACCCCCGAGGGGCCGGCGGAGGAGGCCUUCCCCGGCCGCGGCGGCGGGGUGCCGGCGCAGAGCAGCGAACAGUUGAGUAGAUUUGCUGGAUUUGGUAUUGGGCUUGCAAGUCUCUUUACAGAAAAUGUACUGGCUCAUCCUUGCAUUGUUCUGCGCCGCCAGUGUCAGGUCAAUUACCAUGCUCGGCAUUAUCAUCUCACUCCAUUUACAGUUAUCAAUAUUAUGUACAGCUUCAACAAAACUCAGGGACCAAGGGCCCUUUGGAAAGGAAUGGGAAGUACAUUUAUUGUCCAAGGAGUCACACUUGGAGCAGAGGGAAUAAUCAGUGAAUUUACACCUUUACCAAGGGAGGUUUCACAUAAAUGGAAUCCUAAACAUAUAGGAGAACACCUUCUGCUGAAAUCCCUAACUUAUAUGGUGGCAAUGCCUUUUUAUUCAGCAAGUCUAAUUGAAACAGUACAGAGUGAGAUAAUUGGAGACAACACUGGAAUUCUGGAAUGUGUUAAAGAAGGCAUCGGAAGAGUGAUUGGCAUGGGAGUGCCUCACAGCAAACGGCUGCUUCCUCUUCUCUCCUUGAUCUUCCCUACGGUGCUGCAUGGGGUUCUUCACUACGUCAUCAGCUCCAUCAUUCAGAAGUUUGUCCUACUAAUUCUAAAGAGAAAGACUUAUGCUAGCCACCCAGCUGAGAGCACUAGCCCGGUGCAGAGUAUGUUGGAUGCUUAUUUUCCAGAACUCAUUGCUAACUUUGCUGCCAGUCUUUGCUCUGAUGUUAUACUUUACCCCUUGGAAACAGUGUUGCACCGCCUUCACAUUCAAGGAACACGCACAAUAAUUGACAAUACAGACCUGGGCUAUGAAGUGCUUCCAAUUAAUACCCAGUAUGAGGGAAUGAGAGACUGCAUUAAUACCAUAAAGCAGGAGGAAGGAAUGCUUGGUUUUUAUAAAGGGUUUGGUGCUGUUAUAAUACAGUACACACUGCAUGCAGCUGUCCUACAAAUUACCAAAAUUAUUUACUCUACACUUCUUCAAAAUAGUGUUUGAGAUUUAGUUCCCGAUUAGUCUAAAAGACAUUAUGUUAUGAAUUAAUAAAAGACACUUUGUUAUGAAAUUGUGAGGAAUAAAAGUGAAUACGGGAGGGGGGAAAUGGAUUAGAAAGGAAACUGGUAGAAAAAGCCUAUGCUGAUUAUAUUGACUUUUUUUAAGGCAUAGGUAUCUUUUUUGGAUCAAAAGUAUUGAAUAUUUUAAAAUUCAAUAAAAUAACAUUCAUGAGUUAAAUUCUAACUAGUGUAGCACGCAUACUGAACUAAAAAUGAUCUUGGGCAGAAGCAAAAAUUUGUCAGCAAACAUAAACAAGAUUUCACAAAGCUGAAUUUACUCCAUCUGACUUUAGUAUUAUAUGUUUAUUUUACCUUCUUGACUGAUAACUGGUAUAUCAUCCUUAAUAUAGUAUAUACUAUCAAGAGGUCAUAGUUUACCUUUAAGCAAAUAAAUUAUGACACCAAUGAUAAUGACAAGAAGGAUUAGAUUUGGCAAUCUGUAAUCAGGAAUUGAAGUCUUAAAUUGUCCCUAUAUAACGCUUUAAUGGCUGCAAACUUAUUAUAUAAAGCCACUAUGUACACACACAAAACUUGGAAUUUCCUUCAUUUCCAUAAGUUUUCCACCCUUAGAUCAGCUUAUUACAUAAGAUGAAGUCAUGCAGUUUCUGCUUGGAUAUCAAAAUGAAACUUAAGAGCCAUGGUACCCGAAGAUUUAAGGCAAACAGCAUACUUGUCUAUAGCCAAACGCAGCGCACUUCCGUGCCGCAGCUCCACGUGUGUCAUGUUUAUAUAGACUCGAUUUCCUUUUCUGGUUAUGUGAAUCAUCAGGCUGUGUUUAGAGCCACUCUUCACAGAGAAAGAAAAUAAAUAAUCAUGACAACUAUUACUGUUUCUAAAUUUAGAGAUUGUGUACUGCGGGGAACGUCACUUGUCUUGCAUUUCUGAAUGACUCGUCUUAAUGAAGACAUGGUUAAAAUUCACCUGGAAUUUGUGCCUCUUGCUUUUUGUAUAGACAUCAUAAAAUAAUGUCUUCAGUUUUUAUUUUCUUCCAGUUUUGUUUAUAAUUUCAUACUCCAAACUAGAUAAAGGAUAAAGCAAGUCUAUCCUUAUCGCCUUUUAUUUAAACCUGUUUGGAUGAAUACUGAAGAAAAAAUACAAAGGAAGUUUGUCCUUGCUUUUUACUGAUGAGGAAAAGAAGUAAAUUUCAACAUAUAAUAAGCAAAAAUAUUGUUAAUCAGUUUAAUAAAAAAAUUCUGUAUGUUCCUAAAUGAAUGGAGCUCUUUGUACAGUAAAAUGAUACACAUCUGACUGACCCAUCAUUAAACCUUUUCAAGUGUCAUUUCCUCCUGUGAGUUGUCACAGUUUUACUAUGAACCAUUUAGCACACUGAAGUGCAGUGACUCUGCACUGGUGUUUCCUGACCUAGAAUACAUACAAACCGAUUUAUUUUACUUGGUGAAUAUCAGUGAAAGUGGUUUCUUUUUGUAAUUAAUAGUGUUGGAACCAAAAAGGGUAUCCAAGAAGUGUGAAACAAUAUUUAAGGAGCACCUCUCUCUACUAUCUUGUGUUGUAUGUUUGUGUGUUUUUGUUUUUGUUUUCAAUUACUAAAACAUACAUUUUCCAUUUUUAAAUUUCACCAAGAGGGGGAAAAAUAAAAUUUAACACCACUGAUCAGAUAAAUGUUAUGGUAACGCCUUCAGAUUAUGGUUUAUUUUGUCCAACCUUUGGCAUUUAAGUUGUAUGCAUUGCUUUUGGGCUGCUAAGUAAAUUGUAAGAUGUUUAUAUGUCAAACUUCCUAAAAAAAAACUUUCAUUUUUUAUUAAAAUCAAGAUAUUUCAGAGUAGAGUAAACUUCUGAAAAUUGCAAGUUUCACAAAAUUUCUGGAACAGAAUCUGAAUGGAAUCAAGUAUUUACUAGUGAAAAUCUAUGGGCUCUUUUACCUAGCUAAAAAUUAGGUAUUUUAAGAUUAUUUGAUGAAAGUUAGCAUGAAGAUUCAGUUAGAGAACUGUUUAAUUAUGGAAUCACAAGACUGAUAGCCUGAACCACACACAAGUAAAGUAGGUCUUAUUUUCUGUCUUUUUGGAAGAAGGAUACAAAUUAACAUUAAAACUAAAAUUGAA